AUGGCACUUAUCUUCUUCCACUACAAAUUUUCCCUCUUUUCUUUACUUUCUGUUCUUUUCAUCACCUUCACUUCUUCCCAUAUCAUACCCAAAUUUCCUUCUCCACUCAUUCAUCCAGAGCAACAGAUAAACUCUGGUUCUGCCAAAAAUGGUCUUUACAUAACAAAAUUCUUCACUCAAACACUUGACCACUUCAAUUAUAAUCCUCAAAGCUAUCAAACUUUUCAACAAAGGUAUCUCAUCAAUGAUACUCAUUGGGGUGGUGCCAAAAAGAAUGCUCCAAUCUUUGUCUACACUGGAAAUGAAGGACACAUUGAUUGGUUCACACAAAACACUGGAUUCAUGUUUGAAAAAGCACCUUAUUUCAAUGCCCUUUUGGUUUUCAUAGAGCAUAGAUUCUAUGGAAAAUCAAUACCCUUUGGAGGGAAUAAAGAAGUUGCAUAUGCAAAUAGCACAACACUUGGAUUUUUGAGUUCAGCACAAGCUUUGGCUGAUUAUGCAACUCUCAUAAUUGAUUUGAAGAAGAAUUUGUCAGCAACUGAGUCCCCUGUUGUCGUCUUUGGAGGAUCCUAUGGAGGAAUGUUGGCUGCUUGGUUUAGGAUAAAGUAUCCACACGUUGCAAUUGGAGCUUUAGCGUCAUCAGCUCCAAUUCUUCAAUUUAAUGAUUUGGUUUCACCAUAUAGUUUCGACAACAUUGUCACACAGGACUUCAAGAGUGAGAGUGAAAAUUGUUACAAAAGGAUAAAAGAGUCAUGGAAGCUGAUACAAAAAACAGCCAAAAAACAUGGUGGAUUAGAAUUAUUAAGGAAAACAUUCAGAAUAUGCAAUAAUUAUAUGGGAAUAGAUGCUUUGGAAGGUUGGUUACAGACGGCUUGGAUUUAUACUACAAUGACAGAUUAUCCAACACCAACCAAUUUUCUAAAUCCAUUGCCAGCAUAUCCAGUGAGAAAGAUGUGUGAGGCUAUUGACAGUUCAAAGAGAGAAAAAGAUAGGUUAGGCAAGUUGUAUGAGGCUGCAAAUAUCUACUACAACUAUAGUGGCAAUGCUAAGUGUUUCAAUUUAAAUGAUCCUUCUGAUCCUCAUGGUCUUGCAGAAUGGCAAUGGCAGGCUUGUACAGAGAUGGUAAUGCCAAUGGCCUCAAACAAGGAAAGUAUAUUCUCAGAAUAUGAGUGGUCAUUGGAAGCCUUUUCUGCAUCAUGCAAAAAUGAGUACAAAAUAGUGCCAAGACCCAACUGGAUUACAUCAGAAUUCGGUGGUCAUGAUAUUGAGAUAGUUUUGAAAAGAUCUUCUGGUAACAUCAUAUUUUUUAAUGGUUUAAGAGAUCCUUGGAGUGGUGGAGGAGUGUUGAAGAAUAUAACAAAAUCUAUAGUUGCUAUAGUUGCAAAAGAAGGAGCUCAUCAUGUGGAUCUAAGAUACUCAACUAAGGAAGAUCCAAAGUGGCUUAAAGACAUAAGGAAGCAAGAGGUAGAGAUUAUAGCAAGUUGGAUCAAACAAUACUAUCAAGACAUAGCUAAGAUAUAG